AUGGUGGACCGGGGCCCUCUGCUCACCUCGGCCAUCAUCUUCUACCUGGCCAUCGGGGCGGCGAUCUUCGAGGUGCUGGAGGAGCCGCACUGGAAGGAGGCGAAGAAGAAGUACUACACGGAGAAGCUGCAUCUGCUCACCAAGUUCCCAUGCCUGAGCCAGGAGGGCCUGGACGAGAUCCUGCAGGUCGUAUCCAAUGCUGCUGGUGAGGGCGUGGCCAUCACAGGGAACCAGACCUUCAACAACUGGAACUGGCCCAAUGCGAUGAUUUUUGCAGCCACUGUCAUCACUACCAUCGGUUACGGCAACGUGGCCCCCAAGACCCCCGCGGGGCGUCUCUUCUGUGUCUUCUACGGCCUCUUCGGGGUGCCGCUGUGCCUGACGUGGAUCAACGCCCUGGGCAAGUUCUUCGGGGGGCGUGCCAAGCGGCUGGGCCAGUUCCUCACCAAGAGAGGCAUGAGCCUGCGGAAGGCGCAGAUCACGUGCACGGCCAUCUUCAUCGUGUGGGGCGUGCUGGUCCACCUGGUGAUCCCGCCCUUCGUGUUCAUGGUGACCGAGGAGUGGAACUACAUCCAGGGCCUCUACUACUCCUUCAUCACCAUCUCCACCAUCGGCUUCGGCGACUUCGUGGCUGGUGUGAACCCUAGCGCCAACUACCACGCCCUAUACCGCUACUUCGUGGAGCUGUGGAUCUACCUGGGGCUGGCCUGGCUGUCCCUCUUCGUCAACUGGAAGGUGAGCAUGUUCGUGGAGGUGCACAAGGCCAUCAAGAAGCGGCGGCGGCGGCGGAAGGAGUCCUUCGAGAGCUCCCCGCACUCCAAGAAGGCGCUGCAGAUGGCGGGCGGCCCCGCCGCCAAGGACGUCAACAUCUUCAGCUUCCUGUCCAAGAAGGAGGAGACCUACAACGACCUCAUCAAGCAGAUCGGGAAGAAGGCCAUGAAGACGAGCGGGGGCGGGGAGAGAAGCCCGGGGACGGGGCCCGGGACCGGACCUGGACCUGGACCGGGACCCGGACCAGGACCGGGACUGGGACCGGGACCGGGGCCUCAGGGGGAUGGGCUGCCGGGCGUCCCCGCCUCCCUGGCCCCCCUGGUGUUCUACUCCAAGAACCGGGUGCCCAGCUUGGAGGAGGUGUCUCAGACGCUGAGGAGCAAAGGGCACGUGUCACGAUCCCCCAAUGAGGAGGCCGGGGCCGGGCCCCCCGAAGGCGGCUCCCCCACCUCCGCCUCCGAGGUCUUCAUCAACCAGCUGGACCGCAUCAGCGAGGAGGGCGAGCCGUGGGACGCCCAGGACUACCACCCGCUCAUCUUCCAGAACCCCAACAUCACCUUCACCAACGAGGAGACCAGCCUCCUGGAAGAGGAGACGUCCAAGUCCUCGCUGGAGGACAACCUGGCCGGCGAGGAGCGGCCCCCGGAAGAGGCGGAGGCCCAGGCGCCCCUGACCUUGGGCGAGUUCCCCUCCUCGGAUGAGUCCACCUUCACCAGCACCGAGUCCGAGUUCUCCGUGCCUUACGAACAGCUUAUGAACGAGUACAACAAGGCCGAUUGCCCCAGGGACACGUGA